AUAUGGUGCCCUCCUAAUAUAUCCCAAGGUAGAGCAGCACUGCUUACCUCUUUCUUGGCAAGGAUGGCUUCCAUGGGGAAUGAUAUAAUACCCUUGACUGAUCGCAGGUGCCACGUCUGCACCUCGAUCACGGUUACCCUCGUCCUCCUUUCAUGUCGAGCAGUAGCUUUAAUGCAGAGUUGACUCUUGGCCCAGCUCUGGUUGGGACAACACUAGCGUCGUGCCUCUUCGGUUGCUCCGUCAUACAGACAUUCGGAUACUAUAGGCGAUUCCCGUCGGACUCGACGAUCAUUAAGACUUUGGUAGGUACCAUCAUGUUGCUGACUCUCGCGCACAUCGUUUGUGUCAUCUACUGGACAUGGAUAGUGACCGUCACUGCAUUUGGAAAACCUAACGAAGUCACGAUAUUCACCCCUUCGAGAGGAGCCAAUCUGGUUAUCACACCUUUCAUAUGCUAUCUUGUUCAGGUACGAAACCUUGACGAACAAUGUUCUUACACAGAACUCGGCUCAUUCCACCAGCUCUUCUUCGCAUUCCGUCUUUACAGAUUCUCCGGGAGUUGGCUGCUGUCCAUGAUAUGUUUCGUCCUAGGUGGGAUCAGUUUCGUCGGCACGCUCGUCGACGCAGCAAGAGCCCUCAAUAGACAAUCAUUGGAAGGGAACAUGAAUGCUCAGUACUGGCUAACAAUUUUGACCUUGGUUAGUGGUGCAAUGUGUGAUCUGAUCAUCACAACGGGUCUUGUUUUCCAUCUGAGGAAACAGCGCGCAAAGACAAAGAUAUCGAGGACUAUCGAUUUACUGGAUAAGUUGACUGUAUGGUCGAUAGAAACCGGGCUUGUGACAAGCAUAAAUGCUGUCCUUGUCACCAUUUCCUUUUCUUUGCAACGGACCACCUUUAUAUGGUCAGCGCUCUACAUCGUUCUCGCAGAUGUCUACACCAAUACCUUCCUUGCCGCACUGAACAGCCGUACUCCUCACGUUGAACACGACAUCACGCAAGGUGCAGUGCUCUCUACCUUCAUUGGACAAGCAGCCAUGUCAAACGUUCCAUGCGACGCUGCAUCCAGUAUUCCUUCCACACCAUCCCUGAUUCAACACAAACCUUGUGACCUCUCACCCGCCUAGGGAGUGUAGACAAAUACAUUAUUUAUGCGGCAAGUUGGAACAAGCCUGAGCGGAAGUCCUCUACAUAGUUGAUAUGGGUUCUUAUUCAUAUAGAUUGCUCUCGUCCUCUCAUUUAUUCGUUUCCAUUUGUCUUUAUUUCUUCGUUUUCGACUACAAAGAUGUGCAGUAGCCUACCCUCACAUGUAUGUAGGGCACAGCACAAUCGCGCCUUCAUCCAGCUGAGUGCGAGUG